AUGAAUCCUGGUGAAAUGAGCUCUCCACGGAUAGGGCAAGUACUGCUUUUCUUUGUUUUCCUGGGAGGGGCUUUGGUCUGUUCAGAGACUGGGCGCUAUGCUGUGGCAGAGGAAAAGGAGGUGGGCUUCAUUAUCGGCAACGUGUUAAAAGAUAUUGAUUUGGACGUGGAAGAUCUGGCUGCCAGGAGGGCCAGAGUCAUCUUUGACGACUAUAAACCAUAUCUGCAAUUAGAUAUGCAGACCGGCAACUUGCUCCUGAAUGAGCAACUAGACCGCGAGGCACUUUGUGAUCUCACUGAGCCAUGUAUAUUGGCUUUCCAGGUGCUAUUGGAAAAUCCUUUGCAAUUUUUUCGGGCUGAGCUUUGGGUCAAAGAUAUAAAUGAUCACACUCCUACAUUUCUAGAAAAACAAAUCCUUCUGAAAAUCCCAGAAGGCACUUUGCCAGGGACUUCAUUUCAAAUGGAUAGUGCUCAGGAUUGGGAUGUAGGAAAGAAUGGUAUCCAAAAUUACACCUUAAGUCCCAAUGAUCAUUUCCACCUUAAAUUACAAGAUGGUGAUGGGGACGGAAAAUACCCAGAGCUGGUACUGGAACAAUCUCUGGACAGAGAAAAGGAGUCAGAAUUAAACUUAAUACUAACAGCUUUGGAUGGUGGGACCCCUCCCAGGUCUGGAACAUCAUUGGUUCAAGUGUUAGUCCUAGAUGUCAAUGACAAUAGCCCUGAGUUUGAAAAGACAGUCUAUGAGGUUCACGUACCAGAAAACAGCCCUCUAAACUCCCUGAUCCUUAAGAUGUCUGCUGCAGAUUUAGAUACAGGAACAAAUGGAGAAAUACAUUACUCAUUUUACCAUGUCUCCAGAGACAUUAAGAAAAAUUUUGAAAUUCAUCCUGUUUCUGGGGAAGUUCGUUUAAAAGCAGCCCUGGAUUUUGAGUCAAUCCAGUCUUACACAAUAAAUAUUCAGGCCAUUGAUGGUGGAAACCGUUCAGGAAAAACAACACUUUUAGUUCGGGUUGUAGAUGUCAAUGACAAUGCUCCAGAAAUACUCAUGACAUCUCUGGCCAGCGCCAUUCCAGAAAAUUCCUCUACAGAGAUGGUGGUCGCUGUUUUUAGCAUCCGAGACCAAGACAGUGGCGAGAACGGGAGGACGGUUUGUUCUAUCCAGGAAGAUCUCCCCUUUUUCUUGAUGAAUACAUUCAAGAAUUUCUACACACUGGUGACAGAGCAGCCACUGGACCGAGAACAGCAGGAGGAGUACAACAUCACGAUCACGGUGACAGACCUGGGCACCCCCAGGCUGGCAACUCAGCGCACCAUCAGGGUGCAGGUGUCCGACGUGAACGACAACGCCCCCGCCUUCAGCCAGCCCUCCUACACCCUGCUGGUGGGCGAGAACAACAGCCCCGCGCUGCACAUCGGCAGCGUGAGCGCCACGGACGCGGACGCGGGCAGCAACGCGCAGCUGACCUACUCGCUGCUGCCGGGCCCCGAGCCUUGGCCCCCGCAGCUGCCGCUCGCCUCGCUGGUGUCCAUCAACGCGGACAACGGGCAGCUGUUCGCGCUGCGCUCGCUGGACUUCGAGGCGGUGCGCGCCUUCGAGUUCUUUGUGCGCGCGCAGGACCGCGGCUCGCCCGCGCUGAGCGGCCAGGCGCGGGUGCGCGUGCAGGUGCUGGACCGCAACGACAACGCGCCCUUCGUGCUGUACCCGCUGCAGAACGCGUCGGCGGCGUGCAGCGAGCUGGUGCCCAGGGCGGCCGAGGCGGGCUACCUGGUGAGCAAGGUGGUGGCGGUGGACGGCGACGCGGGCCAGAACGCCUGGCUGUCCUUCCAGCUGCUCAAGGCCACGGAGCCCGGGCUCUUCAGCGUGUGGGCGCACAAUGGCGAGGUGCGCACGGCGCGGCCGCUCAGCGAGCGCGACGCGCCCAAGCACAGGCUGCUGGUGCUGGUCAGGGACAAUGGCGAGCCGCCGCUGUCGGCCAGCGUCACGCUGCACGUGCUGCUGGUGGACGGCUUCUCGCAGCCCUUCCUGCCGCUGCCCGACGCGGCGGCCGGCGCGGCGCCCGACGACCGCCUCACCGUCUACCUGGUGGUGGCCUUGGCGUGCGUGUCGUCGCUCUUCCUCUUCUCGGUGCUGGCCUUCGUGGCGGUGCGCCUGUGCCGGCGAGCCGGGCCGGCGGCGGGGGCCGGCUACCCCUACCCGGGUCUGCCCGACGGGCCCUUUCCGGGACAGCUGCUGGAUGCCAGCGGCGCGGGGACCCUGUCCCACAGCUACCGGUAUGAGGUGUGCCUGGCGGGGGUCGCUGGCACCAAUGACUUCAAGAUCCUUGAUCCCACUAUUCCCAGCUUCUUUUCCCAGGGUGCUGAAAUGUAGGAAAAUCACUCUUUGAAUGGCUUUGAAUUUUAUUAGGGAUCCAAUUAAGACACAGAAUAAAAGCAAAUUCUUUGCAGAACUUAAUAGAUUUUUCAAUAAUUGCA